UCAGCAGUCGUUGCUAUGGCCCAUAUUUCAUUUCCUUGGUGAUCAAAGAAUAUAAAGCUCCGUGACGAGAGGACGCCAAACAGCACUUGAUUAUUUUGAUUGGUAGAACUGAUAAAACUGUCGUAAGUGAGCACGCUUAUUUUCACAGAGCACGUGUGUAAUGGUGGCACCGAGAGAAAGGAAAACCCAGCUGAAACGAGAGUGUGACAGUUCUGAGAGACUUUCAUUGAUCGUAUGAUCUUCAUACGGGCGCCCAGCGACUUUUUUUAAAAAAAUUAAGACGCUCGCUGGUUUAAUGCGCGGCCCUUUGACGUUUGCGACUGACUGUCGCACGAUUGAACGGCAGGAGCAGGCGGGGGCUGGGAACCUUCCCUCCUGAGCGGGGUUGCAGUCGGACCGGAAGUGGCCGGCGGAAAACGUUGAGGAGACGUUGGUGGAGAGGCGGGAGCGGUUGGAACAGCGGCUCGCGAGACCGGGCACGAGCGACAGCCGCCCCCCCCCCCCCGGACCCAUAAGGAGGAGGGAGAAAGAAAGGCGACUGUUCCUGCUCCUCAGAUCUCGUCUUCCUCCCACCGAACAUCUUCCUGUUUAAAUGAUCGGAAUUAUUUCAUGGGACCGCUGCUCCGGUCUGUGGCGUGUCGACAUUUCCAACUGGGACACGGAGAAUGAUCACUGUACAGGAGGAGAUCAUUGAGGGUCUGAAGUUCGGGCCAGUUCUUCGUGGAAACCUCUCGCCGAGGCUCAUGUUUCUGCCUUUUCCCCUAAUUUCCUUCAGCGUAUUCUGACAAGUUCCUGAUGAUAUACUUCAAAUCACCGGUGAGAUGGUAAAGGUUAGCCUUUGGCUGAGCAUGGCGGAUAAACAGAAGACCAAGACUGGUUUGCCACUGAGUGGCCCAAGCACUGAUAUAAAUGUAUCUUCCAGCCACACGGUGGGGUAUUUGGGAAAAUUUUCUGAAAAUACCUCACUCAUUCAAGAGCAAUAUUGUCCUGCCUGUGCUGCAAAAGGAGAAAAUAAAGCUUUGCGCCGAUUCUAUAUAAGCUUAGAGGAAUCUGUUCUUCUUUGUGAAAGUCCACAGUGUGUCUUUCCUUUGGGAUGUAAACCAUUGAAUGAGAUCCUCAUUUCACCUACCUUGCCUCGAUCAUCAGUUCAAGCUGCGAAGAGCAUAUCUGGAUCAGGUGCACUAGUUCCUCUGUGUAAGCGGAACGUGAAACGACAGAAAACUUCUAAUUGUAAUAAUAAAGUCAUUUUCAGUGGAUCUUGUGUUAUACCCAAGGAAACUGCAUAUCAGCCAGUUGAAACUGACCUAAAUAAAAUUGACAGUUUUGUCCCUUGUUCAGAAAAUGGAAGCAAUCCUAAGUCAGUUAAUUCUAGUGAAAGAAAUGACAUUGUUAUCCCUGAUAAGACAAUUCUUGGGGUACGUGAUCAAUUAUGUGGCAAAAGAAAGGAACCACCAUCUGAAACUGAACAUUCUGGUCAGCCUAAAUUGGAAGUUCCAGUUCUGCAGUCACAGGUUGAACAAUUAUUUCUUCAGUGGAAGAACAAAUCUGCUCUCUGCUGGCUAGACUGCGUACUGAUAGCUUUGGUCCACUUAAAAGUGCUAAGAAAAUUAAUGCCCAAUCUAGGGACGGAAAUGGAAUCUCCAUUUAAGAAACUGUACACAGAAUAUGAUCAGGCGUGCACACUGGUAUCUAACUGCCAAAGCCAUUGCAAAGGUAAUGGUUUAUGGAAAAUUCCCCCCGAAACGCUCGGUCGCAUCGAACUAACAUUAAGCAAUGUCCGAGAGAGUCUCUUCCAGCUUCUUCGACCAAAAUUGAAAUGCGAAUUGGGAGUUCCCGAUAGCCCAGUCUUUGCUUUUCCACAACUUCUACGGCAGGAUCCAUACGUUGAGGCGCUGUUCAUGCAGUCAUAUAUUUGGAGCUUUGAAUGCAUGAAGUGUGGGUAUAAGUACGAGGAAAGGUGUCGGAAAACCUUGAUUACAUUUACGAACAUAGUUUCAGAUUGGCACCCGCUGAAUGCUGUUCAUAAAGCAACCUGCAAUAACUGUCGAGAUAAAGAUCAAAAAAGGAAAAUGCUUUUAGAUUGCGUAUCCUCAAUAUAUAUGCUACAUUUUGUGGAAGGUCUACCACAUGCAGACUUGGACAGCUACAGAUUUGAUUUUCAGGGCAACUCAUACAGAAUCUGUACCAUUAUUCAGUAUUUGCAAGCUGUGAAACACUUUGUAACAUGGAUUCAAAAUUCUAAUGGUAUGUACUACCUUUUCAAGCAUCAGUUUUCAGGUUUAGGACUAGCUUUUUUUCUUGCUAUGAAUUGCUUUUCUGUUUAUUGCUUGAAAUGAAAAUGUUGGCAAGCC